ACAAAGUUAACAUUGCAUUGCGCAGUGUCGGUUAAAUAAUUAAAACGAAUGUCGUGUCCAUAUUGGUGAAAAAAAUAAAGCAAACAAAAUAUACAUAUGCAAAUAUUAAAACUAUAAAAACGCCAAUGAAUGAGUUUGUUCACAAAUUCAAAUAAUAACUAAGAAUUACCAACAACAAUGGAGCACAUAGAUAAGGAAAACGAUAUAAAAAAUGCAGAGAAGUGUGAGGAUAGCACCACAUCGCCAGUUGGCUCAGAAGCACAAAACAUAGAUGCUGAAAAGGAGAAACAGGUUACAACUGCACCGUCAACAGAAAAUGUUGUUGGACGUGAGCUUACUACUAAGGAAGCAUAUUUUGCUAGUCUGAACGAAUGGGUGAAGCAUGCUAAUAUCUCACAAAAUGCUAUGGCUCUCUUCCCUUGGUAUUUAAUAAAUAGCUAUCCUCAAAUGUUUCAAAACCAACAAAAUACUUCCUUUGCUGGUUUAGGCGCUACACUACCACCUUUAAAUGCACAAACGGCGAUAGUUAAUGCACCGAAUUUAAAUGCCAACGAUGCCAACGGACUAGGCGAACGUGGACGUGUUUUGUUUCAUUAUCGUAUAUUGAACGAACAAAUGCAAACUGAACUAAUACAUCGUACUGGUGGUUACGAGUAUGUUAUAGCACCAUUUUGGAAGCGUGUUAUUGCUGAAAUCAUUGAUAUGGUUAUAUUGUUGUUGCUGAAGAUUGUAGUCACAUUUACAAUAAUGAAUUUAUUUGAUUUGGAUUUGGGUUUCGACCUCGACAAGGAAGUUUUGCGAAAAGCGAUUGAGGAUGAUGACUACGCUAGUUUUUUGGUAGUAUCUAUGGACUUUCUAGCCUUUUCUUCAGACCUUCUAAUGCUAGAGCUUUUAACAAAAGUAAUAGUUUGUUUCUAUGAGGCCAUAUGGACAGCAGCUUAUAAUGGCGCUACACCUGGUAAAGCGGCUAUGAAAAUACGCAUACAAUAUGUAGAGGCAAUAUAUACACUACCACCUCCAGUUGAUAUGCAGCCACCACCACUCGCGAGACAGCUUCAGGGCUUCCAAGCCCAACGAGUGCCCAUUAGUGCGCUUAUAUAUCCAAAUGAGGUGCCAACAUUCCAACGUGCAUUCAUGCGCGCGUUAUCUAAGAAUUUAAUAAUGACUCUAUUUUUUCCAAUGUGUUUCAUAAUGAUCUUCUUUAAAAAUAACCGUACGGCUUAUGAUAUAGCAACUAAAACGAUUGUUGUUGAGGCAAAUUCAAAUCCCACACUUCGACGUCCACCGCUACAAUAGGUUGCGCUGUAAGUGUGCAACAGUUGCUAUCUAAAUAUGGGAAAAAUUUUGGUUACAUUCACAUUGUAUUGUUAUUUUUUAUUGUUUGCUCUUUAAACUCUUGUAAGUAUUUCCAUAUCUGAAUAUUAUUAACAAUUUAUGAAAAUAAAUAUUUCAACAUAUGAAACAUA